AAAAAAACUGUCAAAACAAUUAUGAACGUUAAGUUUGAGUUUAAUGAUACUUUCGACAAUUUUUCGCUUCCCAACACAUUUAAACCUAAUAAGGUGUUAGAAAAUGUUAAAAUUGCUGAAAAGACAUUAAUCGAUAAAAAUGAGAAAGAAGAUAUUGGAAUUAUUUCGUUCGACGACAGCGAUUUUUUGAAUGUUUCAUUAACAAGUUUACUUGAAGAGAUAAAUCUCGAAGAUCAAGUGAAAAUUGAUAACAAAGAAAUUGUUUUAAAUAAAAAUGUGAGUAAUUUUAUAAUUAAUAACAAAGGCUGUGAUAAAAUCAAUAAUAAAGAAAGUGAUAGUAAUUCAUGGGAAAAAGUAGAAAAUAAUUUAGAAACAUGUAAUUUUAACGAAAAAUCUACUUAUAAUUAUAAUAUACAAAGCGAUAGGAACACAAUUAAUUAUAACAAAUUGAAUAAUUCGAAAGAUCUUUUUGAUUGGUCGGACGAUAAUUUUUUAAAUGAAUCUAAUGGUAUAGAUAAAAAUAAUUUAAUGGUAACAAAUAAUUGCAACAAAGAAAAUAAAUCAAAUAAUCUAGAUGGUGAGUUAUCUGAAUGGAAUCUUUUUGAAAUUGACGAAAAAAAUAAAUCAAAAAAGGAUAAAAUCCAUCAAUUAGAAUCAUUAAAUGAUGAAGAAAAAAGUGAAUCUUAUUUUGGAAGUCAUUUAACCUGUAAUUUAUCAGAUUGGAAUAUCCCAGACAUGAUUCUUCAAAAAUAUUCCAAAAACAACGUUAAAACAAUGUUCGAUUGGCAAUUAAAAUGCUUAAAUAACCCAGAAAUUUUAUUAAACAAUAAAAAUUUGGUUUAUUCCGCCCCAACAUCAGCAGGAAAAACUUUAGUAGCGGAAAUUUUAGCCAUUAAAACCUUAAUAGAACGCAAAAAGAAAGUGAUUUUUGUUUUACCAUUUGUAUCGGUUGUUAGAGAGAAAAUGUUUCAUUUUCAAGAUUUAUUAAGUACAAGUGGAAUACGAGUUGAUGGUUUUAUGGGGUCUUACCAUCCACCUGGAGGGUUUAAAUCGGUUCAAUUAGCGAUUUGUACCAUAGAAAAAGCUAAUAGUUUGAUUAAUCGAUUGUUAGAAGAGAAUGAAUUAGAUGAAAUUGGGGCGGUUAUUAUCGAUGAAAUGCAUUUAUUGGGGGAUCCAAGUCGAGGUUAUCUUUUAGAAUUACUCUUAACGAAAUUAAAAUAUAUGAUUAAAAAAAAUAAUUCGCUUAAUAUACAAAUAAUUGGGAUGUCGGCUACUUUACCAAAUUUAGAUUUAUUAGCGAAUUGGUUAAACGCCGAAUUAUUUACAACCGAUUUUAGACCAAUACCUUUAUUCGAAUGGUGUCAUGUAAACGGGGAAAUUUAUGAUAAUAAUUUUAAAUUAAUCAGGAAAAUUGAGCCGGUUAAAGAGUUAGAUAAAGAUGUCGAUAAUAUUUUACAGCUUUCUUUGGAAACUAUUAAAUCGUCUUGUUCAGUUUUGAUUUUUUGCCCUACAAAAAAUUGGUGUGAAAGUUUAUCACAACAAUUAUCGGUAGCUUUUUGGAAAUUAGGAACGAACGAAAACGAUUUAGGAAAAAUUUUACGCUCAGAAUUAAACGUCGAUUUAAUUAAAGAAGUUUUUGAGCAACUCAAACGUUGUCCGGUCGGUUUAGAUAAAAUUUUAGCAAAAACCGUCGCUUUUGGAGUCGCGUUUCACCAUGCGGGCUUAACAAUGGACGAAAGGGAUAUUAUUGAGGGUGGUUUUCGUUCGGGUGCAAUCAGAGUUUUGGUGGCAACCUCAACUUUAUCUUCAGGGGUUAAUUUACCGGCGCGACGAGUUAUUAUUCGCACCCCUAAUUUUUGCGGGAAACCUUUAGAUACUUUGACGUAUCGCCAAAUGAUUGGGAGAGCUGGGAGAAUGGGGAAAGAUUCUUCGGGGGAGAGUUUAUUGAUUUGUCAAAAAAAUGAUUACAACAUCGCUAAAGAAUUAACCUCCGCUAAUUUAGAACCCGUCCGAAGCUGCCUUCAAUCGGGAAAAUUAAAACGCGCCAUUUUAGAGGUUAUAGCGAGCGGUGUUGCGAAUACUUUCGAAGAUGUUAAUUUAUUUACAAGUUGUACUCUUUUAAAUGAUCUAAAUUUAAUCGAUGAAGCAAUCGAAUUUUUGAAACGCAACGAAUUUAUUCGUUUACAAACUGUGGAGGAAAAUAAAUUAAAAUACGUCGCGACUCAUUUGGGGAAAGCUUGUUUAUCGUCGUCUUUACCACCAGAGGAGGGGUUAAUUUUAUUCGGCGAAUUAGAAAAAGCUCGGCGAUGUUUCGUUUUAGAAACUGAAUUGCAUCUAAUAUACUUAGUAACGCCGUAUUCUUGUUGUAAUUUAUCGAUUAAUUGGAUGUUUUAUUUAAAUCUUUGGGAGAAACUCCCCGCGAGUAUGAAACGAGUCGGAGAAUUAGUCGGGAUUAGAGAAUCGUUCAUUUUUAACGCAUCCCAAGGAAAGAUCCAAUCCGAACAAAAAUUACAAAUACAUAAACGUUUUUACACCGCCCUCGCCCUUCAAGAUCUCGUUAACGAAGUCCCGUUAAAUAAAGUUGCGUUAAAAUUUAAUUGUUGCAGAGGUUUACUUCAAUCCUUACAACAAUCCGCUUCAACAUUUUCCGGUAUGGUUACAGCAUUUUGCAAACAACUCGGUUGGACAAGCGUUGAGUUAUUAAUCUCACAAUUUCAAGAUCGAUUACAUUUCGGGGUUAAUCGAGACAUUUUAGAUUUAAUGAAGCUACCGAUUAUGAACGGGCCAAGAGCUAGAACUUUAUUUAACUCCGGCAUUGAAAAUUUAUUAAUAUUAGCCUCAUCGACCGUUGAAACGAUCGAAAAUAUUUUACACAAAGUUAUGCCAUUUGAAAGCGAAAAGGAACGCGAAGGCGAAAGCAAAUUCGACGUUGAUAAAAGAAAUAAAAUUCGUAGCGUUUGGAUUACAGGAAAGCGCGGUUUAACCGAAAAAGAAGCGGCCGAAAUGCUUGUUAAUGACGCGAGGAGGUUUAUCGAGUUAGAAAUGGGGAUGGUUAAUAUUAAUUGGGGGGAUAAAAAUGAUUGUGUUGAAGAAAGUGGGGGAUUUAAAGCGAAUUUGUUGUAUAAAAAGGAUUUAGAGAUUAACGAAAAUUUAGAUCAGGGUGAAAAAGAAAUAAAAAAGAAUAUUUUAUCCCCAACUAUUAUAAACACAUCGAAUGAGUUCGUAGCUCCAUCUCAACAUUGUUUAUCAACUAUCAUAACCCCUAUUAAUCAAAUAAAACAUCAACAAAAAGCAUCGACGAGAAAUAAACGGAAAUUAUUUAAUUAUUCAUCAGAAAGCGAUGUGCAAGAAACACCAGAGAAGAAACGGAAGAGGAAAAAUAAAAAUAGGAAAAAAAUAGAUCCUUUUAUAAUCGAUAACCUAAACAACAUUAAUAUAGAAAAUAUUGAUAACAAAGAAUCGUUCACAAAAUUUCAAAUCGAAAUUAAAACGAAGAAAUCAAUUUCAUUAUCAUUGGGUUGUACAGAAAUUGAAAGCAUUAAAAAGCCAAAAAUUGGGAUGAAAUCGGAGACUCAAAUAAAUGAAGUGUUAAGCUUUAACAAAGAAAUUAAAGGGAUUGGUUUUAAUUGGGGCACAAACACGGUUUAUUACGUUUGUUUUGAAUCGACGAGUGUAUCAAAAUUGGAAAAACUUAACUUAUUAAAAGAAAUUUUUAAUAACCCAGAAAUAAAGGUGCGAAUUUUCGAUGGAAAGGAACAAAUCAAAACGGCCGCGUUAAGUUUGGGAGUUGAUUUUAAUACUAAUAUCGAAGAUCCAAAAGUAUUUGAUUGGAUUUUAAAUCCUGAUGGAAGCGAAAAAAAUUUGCAAGAAAUGGUGAUUAAAUACAUCCCGGAAGCUCAAAAUUUAUUAAAAUCAAUCGAUGAUAAAAUAAAAGGAGUUGGAAGUAUCGGAUUAAACACGAAAUUAUCAAAAACACCCCCGAAACUUCGAUGUUGCGUCGAAUCGGUUUUAACUUGGUUCUUAUUCGAAUCAUUUCUAAAAAGCCAAGAAAAAAAGUUAUUUCACCCUUUUUAUGUUGAAAUGUCGCUUAUUAAAAUAUUAUCUCGCAUGGAAUUAAUAGGAUUUGGUGUAAAUUUAUCGAAAUUACAAGAGCUGUCGAAAAUUUUAGCACAACAAACGGUGGAUUUAGAAAAAAAAGCUUUCCAUAUCGCAGGAAGAACCUUUAGCUUUUCAUCUUCAACCGACGUCGCUAAAAUUUUAGGGAUGUACCAAAAUAAAAAACGAAUUAGUACAAAUAAAAAAGCCUUAGAGAAACAAUUAGAAAAUCCGAUUGCCCCUUUAAUAGUUCAAUGGAGAAAAAUAAACAGCAUUUUAACAACGACCAUUUACCCGUUAUUAAAAUUAAUUAGAAACGAAAAUCGUAUUUAUCCUUGUUCGAUCACGCAACAUGCAACUGGAAGAAUUUCUAUGCACGAACCUAACUUACAAAGCGUCCCAAGAAAUUUUGAAUCUAACGAUAAAGCGGUUAUAAUUAAUUGUCGCGAAGCCUUCCAAGCUAAAGAUAAUCAUUUAUUGAUUUCUGCCGAUUAUUGCCAAUUAGAAUUAAGAUUAUUAGCUCAUUUUUCCAAGGAUAAAAAUUUAAUCGAAGUUAUGAAACGCGUAAAUGAUGAUGUAUUCAAAAUAAUCGCAAGUAAAUUAAAUAACGUUAAAGUUGAGGAAGUUACCGAUGAAAUGAGGCAAAGAGCGAAACAAAUUUGUUAUGGAAUUAUUUAUGGAAUGGGUGUAAAAGGACUUUCUGAGCAAAUGAAUAGUUGCGAAGAAGAAGCUUCGAUGUUUUUAGAAAACUUCCACGAAAAAUAUCCGAGUAUUCGACAAUUCAUCCAAACACUUAUUGAAAAAUGUAAAGAAACCGGGUUUAUUGAGACUUUAAGCGGGAGAAGGAGAUUUUUUGAAAACAUCAAUAAUCCCCACCCCGCCGUUAAAAGUCAAGCAGAAAGACAAGCCGUUAAUACAACUAUUCAAGGAUCAGCUGCUGAUAUUACCAAGAACGCGAUGGUUUUAAUCGAAAAUGUGUUCCAAAAUAAAUUUAAAACAUCAAGAAAUAAACCUGAAUUAGUUUUGCAUAUCCACGAUGAGUUAUUAUAUGAAGUUCCUGAAAAGUAUUUAGCAGUAACAGCAAAAAUUAUUAGGAAAAGUAUGGAAAACGCUGUAAAAUUAUCGAUUCCUUUUCCUGUAAAAAUAAAAUUUGGUAAAUCUUGGGGAAAAUUAGAGAUGAUUUAAUAAAAACAUUUACCAAUUUA